UUCAGAGAGAAAUCCAGUCCCCAGAACACUUACAACUUUGUUAUUAGGAACAAAGGCAUACAUCAGAACUACAGUCUUAUCAUAGAUUCAUACAAGACCAUAAACUGUCUGAAAAGCAAAAGAAAGCAAGCUAGAAGUAACGAGGUCUUCCUGUGAUCACCCCUGGAUUCUCCCAGUCUUCAGGCGCCACCCAUAGGCUGCUUUGAACACUUCUUCCGCCACCAGACUGCUGCGUCUGCUGCUGCCUCCAGACUGAAAAUGAGCCACCCGACCAAAGUGGAGACCAAGCAACGCACGAUCGCGUCGCCCGUAUGCUGCAUAUAACGUAGGCGCCAACCACACGGCAAUUUCGUUUCAGAGAGCUCCAUCGCUGUUUCAUCCAGAGCCCCGCCAAUAUCUCCGAAAUUCUCCGUGGUCAGGGAAAAGAGUGGUGCUAGAGAGAUGGAUGCCCGCGAUCUGCAGACCGUGAUCCUCAAGAUAGCGGUGCCCGUGAUGGCCAUGGUGCUGCUGCUCACGGUGUCGACUGUCUCCAUGACGCCGGACGACUGUGCCUGCGCCUGCCUCCGCGCCUGCUUCUUCCGCAGCGACUACUGUCUGAUGAUCUGCGUGCUCUCCGAGAUGAACCUGGGCCGUCUUCUGGCGAGGGAGGCCGCUCAGUCGCCGACGCUGGCGGAUCGGCGCUACUACGCGGUGGGCGCCGUCGCAUGCUUCGUGGAGGUCGCGCUCAGGCUGUACAUGAUCCUGGUGCUUUGCCCCUCGGCUUAGCUUCGUCGCGCGCGUGUGGAUGUGCCUGCCCAAGGACCGAAGAUGGAUAGUUUUGGAGUCUGAAGAUGCGCCGUUUUGUUCAGUUAUUAUUACUACUACUCUGCUAAGUUUUACUACAAGUUUGGAAAGGGCCUGUCUGGAGAUGUUCGUCCUUGGGUAAAAGACUAUCUUUUUUAGUACUACUGUAGCAUUUUGUUGUUGUCUUCUUCCCUAUGUAUGAAGUUGGAGGCAUUUGAAGUUAUUUAGCUGAAGCCUUGAAGGU